GCCUGCACUGCCACUCGCCGCCGCUGUCGUCUCCACCACGGCCAGCUCGCCCGUUGCGCUCUCGCCCGUUCUCCCGGCUCCCUCUCCCUGCGCCUCGGCUUCUCUUGCGCAUCUUGGGCCAGACCUGCGCUUCUGCGACCCCCGCAUCCGCGUGCGCCUCUGCACGGACCGCCUCGCGCGCCAUGCGUCUGCCACUGGCGGGCCUCGCUCUUGCCCUGCUGGCCCGCAGCGCGUGCGCCUACACCGUCGAGGUCGGAGAUGCGGACCCGCUGCGCCAGAGCUGCUCGGGCAUGUGGAGUGGCCCGGGCACGGCGAUCGAGAUCAAGUUCAGCGCCCCUGGUCCCGCGACGGUAGCCACAAUAGUGUACGAGUACGACGACUUCCCGAAGCUGGGCAAGGCGGGGCUUGAGAAGGACUUUCUCGAUCGGCCACUGCAGACGUACAUCUGCACCGCCAAGGCAGUUGCGCAGGGGCUGUGCAAGGCAGAGCAGCAGGGCGACUUUCUCGUGCAGGGCGACUCCACCGACGGCACAACCAUCGUCAAGACGCGUGUCGAGCUCGACGGGAAGAGCGGUCAGAACACGACUUACGCCGUGACGAAGACGGGAUUCUACUGCGUUGCUGCGGUGCCCCUCGUCACGGCAGGAUCGACCGAAUCGGCGUUCACCGCACGCAUCCACUUCCGCAAUGCGUUCAGCGGCGAGCUCCCUGCGGGCGAGUGGCCCAAGCUGCAGUUCUACUUCACCCUCACGUGCCUGUACAUCCUGCUCGGCGCCGCAUGGGGCUAUCUCUGCGUCAAGCAUCGUGACGACCUACUGAUGGUGCAGCAUUUCAUCUCUGCCCUCAUGACGCUGCUCCUCGUCGCCAGCGCCACGCAGUGGCUCUACUACCGGUAUCUCGACACGCACGUGAUGGACUUCUGGCGCAUCGCGUCGCUGGAUGGCCAGGCCAGCGUCACGAGCAUGGCGCGCUUCCUGCUCGUGCUCACGAGCAUCCUCGACGCCACCAAGACCAGUGCGAGUUUGGCGAUUUUGCUCUGCGUCUCGAUGGGCCUCUCCGUGGUCCGGCCCAGCAUCGGGCCCGUGAUGCGCCGCGUGCAGCUGCUGACCGCCGUGCACUUUGUGUGCGGCGUGCUCUACUCGAUCGGCAUCGUCAUGAUCCUCAUUGACACGGGCGGCGCCUGGGUCUUCAUGUUCAUCUUCCCGCUCGCAUUCACGCUCUCGUCCUUCCUCAUGUGGACGCUGCAUGCGCUCAACGCAACGAUCGAGCACCUCGCUGCGCGCAAGCAGACGUACAAGAAGAUGAUGUUCACCAAGCUGUACCGCAUCCUGCUCGGCGCAGUCGUGUCCAUCUUUGCAUUCUUCGUCAUCACGUCGGUCGCGUUCACACAGGCUGGCGGCGAGACGUCGGCCAGCGCAUGGCCGUACCGCUGGGUGCUGCUGGACGGCUGGCUGGGCACGGUGUACUUCAUCGUCUUUGCUGCUAUCGCCUGGGUCUGGCGCCCGACCGGCAGCAACGCGCGUCUGUCUAUGUCCGACGAGCUGGCUCAGGACGACGACCUCGACGCGGAAGACUUUGAGAUCGAUGAGUUCGGACCGCAUCACGACCGAGAGGCGGACGAGGAGGAGGGGCGGGCUCGGCCGCAAGGCGGGGCCGGCGCGGCGCCGUCCUCUGCACCGACCACUCGCACAGGAGUGAGCGAUGGCGCGACCAUGUUCGCGCUGGAGGGCUCCGACGACGAGGAGGACGCCACGCCUCGAACCGCAUCGCGCGGCACGAACAUGCGCCAGGCCCAGAACGAGGGACUGGGCGGGCGUGCGGGCGAGGGCGAACGGCAAGGCUUGAUGCAGCUCGGCGACGAAAGUCGCGAGACUCUGGUGCCGCCGGCCCACGCCGACAAGCGUGCGGACUGAGGGGGGCGCGGACACUGAAGGCACAUCCGGAACACGUCCCGCGAGCAAGCGCUUAGAUGCUGCACUCUGUCUCUAUCGAUAGCAGCGUCAAUGCCACCUGCGAGUCAACAAGGCUUCUUC